CCUUUUUCUGUAUCACAGAACCGUCACAGUGCAUUGAGAACAGAGAAACUGACCAUACCAUCAUGAGUAACCAAUGAAAUACUCCAUUUAUACGAUACCAUUGAAUUGAAGGGUGAAAAUUCAUAAAUGCCAUGGCAACCUCCUCUUACGCAUCUACAGAGGAGACAACAAAUGCCUGUAGAGCAUGUCGACUUCUGCUGGGUCCAUGUACAGAUGAGUUACGUGAUGUUUUACUUCACCAUGUACCACUUUCUACAUUUCCACACGUCAUCAAACAAAAAAGGAGUAAUCUCCCCCGUCUGACGGCACCACAGAUGAAUCUUAUUUUACCCAGAGGUAGUAGUUAUACAGGAAACUAUGGUGAUAUGGACAUUUCCUUAUUGUACAUACUACUUAGAAACAUUUGUGGUAUACCACCACACAGCAAUGGCUGGGGAUACGAUCCAGACCCUACAGAUCGAUCUCUCUCUGCCAACAUUGAGAGAAUCCGUAUUGCCAGAAAUCAGUGUGUACAUUCUUCUAGCCCAGUCCUCUCCAAUGCUGAUUUUAACAUAAUCUGGUCCACUGUCAGAUCAGCAGUUGUGGACCUUGAUUCUUUCCUUAAUAACGGGAACAAGUUUGAGAGAGAGGUGGACUUUCUGAGACAUGAGACAAUGGAUCUUGUCCGUGACCGCCAUUACAUAGAAGAACUGAGGAAACAGGCUGAAGAAGAUGCACUAAUUAGAGAAAUGGUUCAAGCCCUGAAAAGAAAAUUAGAACAGACUGAAACAGACAGAAUUGAAAAUCACAAUAGAAUACAGAAAAUAGUGGGUGAGUACAAUUAUAUUAAAAAAAGAAUCCAGGAAUAA